UGUCGUCUUUGCGAACGUCGACAAUUUUCUGCGUGUUUUUUUUUCUUAGCCGAAAAAACUGGAGCAGAAUUACAGACAAAUAAACAAGCAGACAGCAAAGAACUUAGCAUAAAAAAACGAACGAGAUAUUUGACAUCGAACCUCAAAAAUCUUAAAAAUAUAUAAAUUAGAUUUCUUGUUCUGUUACAAGCAACAGCAAAUCUAUCAAAAUGUUUAAAAACCAUUUGGAAAUGAUUGGUCGCAAUGAGACCCCCAGCAAGAAGGCGAAAUUCUGGCAAUCUUACAUCAGAUCCCUGAAGGGUUCCGAAGAUAUCCGUGCCCAUGAGACUCCACGCGCCAGCCGCCCAUACAGCUCGUACUUGGACUCACCAGCCACAUACAGGAGCAUCUUCGAUACGCCAGCCACUGCCAAUGAGCGUGUGCAAUCGCAUGGCUACAGAUACUUGCCUGUGAGCAGAGACACUUAUGGCUAUUCGCCACGUGCCAUCUAUGAUCAUCAUUACAGCAGAACAAUUCCAGCCAACUACGACGCAGAGAGGGCUUGGAAUGAUCACUUGAAGCGCAUGCAAGAAAUUGAACGCAGAUACCCAUCUCGUUAUGGUCUCUACCUGAAGGACAAGCCAUACACACCAAACGCUUUGGUGCCUUUGGAAUACGAGCCAGAAGAUAAGCUGCUCCAAGAACUCAACAAGGGUAAGGAAUUCUAAAUUUUAAGUAAAAAAAAAAAAUAAAAAUAAAAAAAAAAUCAACAACAAAAAUAAAUAUUCUACUAAAAUAACAACGACAACAAAGCGUAACAAAAUACACAACAGUAAAUAAAAUUUCUAAGUAAACCGAACAAAGAAAAAGAAAAGAAAAAAAUAUGCAAAGAAGGAAAAAACGAAGAAUUGAUAGAUAAUUACAAGCAUUGUAAACACGAGCAAGAAAUUUUUUAGUGAAAAACAAAAACAGCAAAAAAAUAGCAUAUCCUCCACAAUGAAGAGAAUUUUUUCAAAUUCACCAAACAAUAAACUAUACAAAUGUAUAUUUAACAUCUUACAAAAAAAAAAGUUAGCUCACUCAACUAAAAUUGGAAAGUUCUUAUUAGAGAUAUGUUUGUAUGAAAAUAAUGCGAAAUUUUUAUAUGGAAAAUUUUUGUGUCGAGUGAGCGGACAGCAGCCAACAAAACACACAACUUAAAACCACUACCAAUUGGCGUUUCGUGUACAGAUUUGUGUUUUGUAAAUGUCACUUUUGCCGCCUAAUGCACAUCGAAUUUUUGCAAAUUGAUUUUUUCAUAAAAUAUGUAUGUUUUUUUUGUUUUUGACUAUAUUUGCAGCACGAAAAAUUUGAGCAAAUAGCCAUUGUUUGCUAGCAAAUCUACACAACUGCACAAAAGUUCGUUUAUAGAAAUGCUACUAAAUGCCAACACGUAAAAACAAUUUUAAUUUAAAGUAUUUAUGGCAAAAAAAAAAAAGGAAAACCUUUUUCUGCCUGUAAAUGUUGAGAUAACAAAUACAUAUACACAUAUCUCUUAAUAAACAUAUACAAACAUAUAAAGUAAGUUAGUAGAACAAAAACAAAAAAAAACACUUGUUGAAACCAAGGAGCUUAAAACUAGAGUUGAGUGAAGAAGCAUAAGCAAAUGAAAGUAAAUGAAAUGCGAAAAUCGCAGAAUAGAGCACAAAUUCGUUAAAUGUUUCAUUGUAUUUAACGUCACAUAAAAUAUGUUUACUUUUAAUUUUAAAGAAUAAAUACUGAACAAAAAUAAAUAAAUAAAUUCUUAUCUUA